AUGGCAAUCCAGAAGAUGGGUGGCAGGGGGCAGGGGGCAGCUGAGCUGCUUGAACAGAGAAGCAGCCACAGUGAUGACAGGAAGCAGACACUGUUAGCUCUGCUGGUCUUGGUGCUGUAUCUGGGCACAGGGAUAUCAGGAAGCGGCUGGGAAGUAUCAGGACGGAUCAGGGACUGCAACCAUGCUCAGAAUCCUGUGGCAUCCCAGGGCUUUGAGUAUCAGACUUAUGAACCCGCUAAAGAGCCAAUAAGGACCCUCAGGAAGUGGCUGAAGAUAAACUUGCAUGAUUUUCUGGAGAAGCUAGAGAAUGAAGUGAGAGAGCUGGAACAGCUGGUACGUGAUCUGGAAUUCUGGCUUGAUGCACUUCUGGGAGAGCCACACCCAGAAGAUCCCUGCUCUACCCACAAGGGUCAUUUGUGA